CCAUCUCCAUCUCCAGGAAAAGAUGGAUCCCCCUAUCCAGAUCUUCUCUGUGGUGUAUGUGGGUGGAGGAGUGGACCCUGGUCCAGGCAGGGGCUCCAGGGAAGAGAAGGCGUCACUUCCGGGGGCCUUCGCCAGUGUCUGGUGGCUCCCUCCUCUGAUUGGGCAGAGGUGGCCCAGGCAGGCCUGUGACCUGCUGCUGUGGAGGGGCUGUACCCCACCGCCACACUUCCUACCCAUCUGCUCCCCAGAGUGCGGCCUACUGUGCACCUGGGUCCUUGAGCCCCGCUCCACCUGGAUAGAGUCCUCUUCCUCGGCCCACCUUUGCCCCACCCUACUCUGCCCAGAAGUGUAAGAGUCCAAGCCGCCUCCAUGGCCCCAGGAAGGAUUUGGGGGAGAGGCCCCAAACAGGGAGCCAUGCCAGCCAUACACCCUGGCCAGAAUGGAGCUGACUGAACUGCUCCUUGUGACCAUGCUUCUCCUAACUGCAAGGCUAACUCUGUCCAGCCCGGCUCCUCCCGCCUGUGACCCCCGAGUCCUCAGUAAACUGCUUCGUGACUCCCAUGUCCUUCACAGAAGACUGAGCCAGUGCCCAGACGUUAGCCCUUUGCCCACACCUGUCCUGCUGCCUACUGUGGACUUUAGCUUGGGAGAGUGGAAAACCCAGACAGAGCAGACCAAGGCACAGGACAUUCUGGGAGCUGUGACCCUCCUGCUGGAGGGCGUGAUGGCAGCACGGAGACAACUGGGACCCACUUGCCUCUCAUCCCUCCUGGGGCAGCUUUCUGGACAAGUCCGUCUCCUCCUUGGGGCCCUCCAGGGCCUCCUUGGAACCCAGCUUCCUCCACAGGGAAGGACCACAGCUCACAAGGAUCCCAAUGACAUCUUCCUGAGCUUCCAACACCUACUCCGAGGAAAGGACUUCUGGAUUGCUGAAGACAAACUUCACUGCCUCGGCCAGAACUACUGGCUCUGGGCUCCUGAAGCAGCAGCUGGGAUUCAGAGCCAGGAUUCCUGGUCUGCUGAACCAAACCUCCUCCCUGGACCACAACCCCAGAUACCUGAACAGGACACACCAGCUCUUGAAUGGAACUCGUGGACUCUUUCCUGGACCCUCACGCAGGACCCUAGGAGCCCUGGACCUGUCCCCCGGGAACAUCAGACACAGCUCCCUGCCACCCAACCUCCAGCCUAGAUAUUCUCCUUCCCCAACCCAUCCCGCUACUGGGCAGCACACAUUCUUCCCUCUUUCACCCACCUUGCCCACCCCUGCCAUCCAGCUCCACCCCCUGCCUUCCUGACCCUUCUGCUCCUAUGCCCACCCCUAUCAGCCCUGUUCUAAACACAUUCCACACCCACUCCCAGAAUCUG